GAAAACCCUAGUCUUUGCGGAGAGACAGACAGAGAGAGUUGGGCGAAACCCAGACGAAGAUCACUGCUUUCUUAAUCUCCCGUGUUUAGCUAUGGCGACUGGUAAAACUGUGAAAGACGUCUCACCCCAUGACUUCGUCAAGGCUUACGCCUCUCAUCUCAAGCGAUCUGGCAAGAUUGAGCUUCCCACAUGGACCGACAUUGUGAAGACUGGAAAGUUGAAGGAGCUUGCCCCAUAUGAUCCAGACUGGUACUACAUCAGAGCUGCAUCUAUGGCAAGGAAGGUUUACCUUAGGGGAGGUCUUGGUGUUGGUGCUUUCCGAAGAAUCUACGGAGGCAGCAAGAGAAACGGUAGUCGCCCACCACACUUCUGCAAAAGCAGUGGUGGUAUUGCCCGUCACAUCCUCCAGCAGUUGGAGACAAUGAACAUUGUUGAACUCGACACCAAAGGAGGAAGAAGAAUCACUUCCAGUGGCCAACGGGAUUUGGACCAGGUUGCUGGCCGUAUUGCAGUUGAACCUUGAUGAUCUGAAUGUUCUUUUUUGUUCUUCUACUACUUUUCAGUCCAUUGUGCUUUUAGUGUUUAUCUUUACUUUUAAAAACUGUUAUCAUCUCUUGCUGAAGACUGCACUCAUAAUGGUCAAAAAUUUUAAAAAUUUUGGUGGUGGCUUUGGACUAAAUUCACGUCUUCUUCCUU